AUUGUCAUAGAUCUCUAUACGCACCCAUUGAUAAUACAAAAGUUAUUUGGGGUAGAAAACAAAUAUCGUCAGUCACACGUUGUUCGUUAUAUGAAAUAUAUCAUGCAUUGCAGGCAGCGCUUGGGAAAUCUUUAGUUCUCACAGAAGAUAAAUCAUUUCUGUUGUUGAAUUUGAUUCGAUGGUAUUCAUUUGUGUUGCAACGUUCGUUCUUCCAUAAUGGGUGCAAGUUGGAAAACUAAAUUCAUAUAGCGUGUUGGAACAAGUUGGUGGAUGUGAAUUUAUUCGGUAUAAGGUAUAUGCCUCUUUUAGUUGUCAGUGACGCGAAAUGUACAGACCGACGGAAUAGAACAAGUUGGUGGAUAUGAAUUUAUUCGGUAUAAGAUAUAUGCCUGCUUAUAUACUUGUCAGUGACGCGAAAUGUACAUACCGACUCCGACAGUUAAUAGUUGAUCACUAAUUUAUAAUUAAUUAGCAAGAGCACCUCGCAUUUGAUGUUCUCUUAUAGAUCAAGAUUGCUGGAUCCUAUUUUGUUUCAAGUGCGAGAUUUGACGUAAGUGUUGACCAACUUCGUGGCAGACUUCUGCGCCACCAACUGCUCAACAGGGAGAAGAAGUAUCAUCAUUUUUAGGAUUGACAACGUCUUUUAUAAUAUAGUGUUUCUUUAAAAGAAAACAUUGAUCGAUGGACAGAAAUGCACCCUGACUAAGUUUUGAUACUGCAUGGUUAAUAACAGUGCAAACACCGAUAACAUCUAAUCAAGUGUUCCGGUUGAGUCAAGUGUAUAUACCAAAGAGCAUUCUACUUCAAUGAUGCCUGGUCUACGAUAAUAGUUAUCUUCAUAAUCAUCAUGGCACCUCAGUCGGACUUCUCUGUGUGGUUUGUGCUAACCGUUUGUACGCUGGUCAUUGGGUCUUCAAUGACAAGUGGAUAUCACUACGGAGUUAUCACUGGGCCCUCACAGUUUGUGAAGGAGUUUUACAACCAGACCAACGUAUAUCGCUAUGGCUCACCAUUAGAUGAAUACGGGGAGGUUUGGCUGUGGGCUGCGACUAUCACGGUGUUCUGCGUCGGCAGAGUUGUGGGUGCCUUCGUUGGGGCAAAGUGGUCAAAGAAAUUCGGCAGGUGAGUCUGAUCUAGUUUGGAUGGGUGCGGCCUUUAUGUAGGCCUACGAUCCCCUGUGGAAGG